AUGAACAAGUCUAAAUAUUUAUAUUAUACAAAUGAUUCAAACGAACUCCUACGCAGAGAUAGGUAAGAAUAAUAUUAACAUCAUUAUAGAGACUUUCUGAUACAUCAAUAAAAAUUAGAUGAAAUAAAACGGUCAAAAAGUGCUAUUGGAUAUCAUAGAAGUAAAUCAAUUAAGUUACCUAAAUCUACAAAUAUUAAAGAUGAAAUGAUGCAAGCAGAAAUAUACCAUUAAAAUUAAUUGUUGGCUACGAAUUUAAAGAGAAUACACGCACGCUCAUUUUAAGUCCCUCAUAAACUUUCGAAUUUUUAAGUUUCAAUAAAAUCAUCAUCAUCAAAAGAGCAUACUUUCAAAAUAUUGGAUGAAAAUAUAAAUCUAUGCAAAAGAAUAUUAGACUAACAAAGUUAGAUUGAUUUUAAAUAGAAACUAUAAGAAUACAAGCAACAUAAAAAGAUAAAAUUUAGACUCUAAAAAGUUAAAAGAUAAUUUGAAUAGCAAGAAAAGUUAGCUGUCGAUUAGAGAUUUAAAUCAAAAUCUUUUAGUUAAGUAUAGAUGAAUAAGUUUUGA